AUGAAGAGCAGCACCGAGGCCGCUCCAGAAAGAGGGUCGCAGAAGAGCGUGUCUGGAAUGGAUUUGAACGCGGAACUCCAAAUCAAAACCGAACCGUACAAUCCGUUGGCUCCAAGUCCAGCGUUCCUCCAUCCUUCCAUUAUGGGGGCCGUUUGGCCAACAGCCGAAUCCGUUCUCACCGCAGGCCGCGCUGUUCUACGGUCAACAACCGCAGUUCAGCCAGGCUGCUACCGACACCCGUCGUGGAAGCCACGGAACAACAAGUUCGAGUUCGGCGGGCAGCCAUACUGGCACGCCGUCUCCGCAUCAUGGCCCGCAACCGCCGCCGCCAUCGCCGGCCCAAGCCUAUCACUUGUUUCGAUUCGGCACAUGUUACCGCAAGGGUUUGACUUUCCGACGGCUUCCACUGCUGCAAGGGCAGCGAUCGAGGAAGACUCAGAGAAAGUGUGUGCAGUGUGUGGCGAUCGAGCAGUCUGUUUCCACUAUGGCGCAAGGACUUGUGAAGGAUGCAAAGGAUUCUUCAAGAAAAUGUCAAAGACGCAUCGAUUAGCGGCCAAUCGAAAUUGUACCGUCGAGAAGCGGUAUCGAUCUCGAUGCCAAUUUUGUCGAUUUCAGAAGUGCCUCAGUGUCGGAAUGGUGAAAGAGAUCGUUCGGCACGGUUCGCUGUCAGGCCGACGAGGUCGGCUGUCAUCGAAAACGAAGAGUCAUCGUGGUGACGAACAGCCCAGCCCUCCGCUCCCUCUUCUGGCGCUCAUCGUUCGAGCUCAUGACGCUUACAAGACAACACCCACGCCCCUCAGAUAUGCCACUAUGACGUCCGACCAUGUGGUGAGCCUUCUGGAAAAAGAAUAUCAGGCCAUCCAACUAUUUCGUCUCCAGUAUGCCGCACAUAGAGAGCUAGCCGAGGCGGACAUACCGAAAUUGUUUUGUCAGACGCUACCUCCACAUCGGGUUUCAUUUCUAGACACAGAAGCCACACCUAAGGUAAUCAUGGAAAUUCCGAUUUCACCUCGCGUUGUUCUUGGUGCUGCCUCUAAAUUAAUAAACGAUCACUUGCGGUUUAGAAUGGCUGAAACCGAGGUGGUGUUUGAGUGCGGCUCACGCGUACCGUUGCCCAGCCUUCCAUCUCCAUUCAUCGCUUUUUUCCGACGAGUCGCUGAGAAAGCACCGGGCUUCAAAACCGUCGUUCGAUUGGGAACCACAAUCCUAUUGUGCAUUACAAGCGAUGCAGUUCUUCUC